AUGGUCAAGAUCCUCUGUUUGCACGGCCAAGGAACAAGCGGCUCGAUAUUCAAGUCGCAGUCAGCCUCAUUCCGCGCCAAGCUGCCCUCGGAGUGGGAAUGGGACUUCCCAGAUGCUCCCUACUCGGCCAAGCCGCACCCUGGCAUUGAUGUCCUAUUCCGUAGUCCAACAUACGCCUGGUGGUUGGCCUCACAAGACAUCGUGAACGCCGUGCGCGCUUCUCACUUAUGGCUUGAUGAAUACAUCGAGGAGCAUGCGGUUUUCAUCUGCGGAGGGCUGCCGCUGCCAGUGCUAGAGGACAUGGGUCUCGAUGCGCAAGGGGCGUACGAAUUAAACCAAAGAACGGUGGAGCAGAUGAAGGCCAAGAGCGCAGUGCUUUAUGAUACUGCAAGUUUACCCAAGGGUCAGGGGUUAUGGGAUUACACUGCGGAUUUAGAGCAUAAGGCGGACGAACUGCCCGAUGAGGCGGACUGCUUCGGACUUGAUUUCACAUCGUUUCCGGAGGAUGUCAGGAUCAAGAUACCAACCGUCCACAUUGUUGGGGCGAAAGAUCCGAGGUGGUCCGCAGGUGUCCAGCUAGCCUACUUCUGUGAUGAUCGCAAGAUGUUUGAUCAUGGAGGGGGUCACGAUAUACCAAGAACAACGCAGGUAUCUCUGAGUAUUGCGGAGUUGAUCAAAGGCGUUAAUGGAGUCUAA